AUGGACCGGCAAGGAAAACUAGUUUCCAUUUGCUUCUUCAUUUUCCUUUCCAUUUGCAGCUCUGUUUCCACUUCACUUCAGUACCAAACUCUUGUCCUCCGCUCCCUCCCGCAGCCUCAGUCUCUCUCUUGGACAACCCAACAGGACAUAGACAACCAGAUUAUUCCGACGACUGAAUCCGACUCUGAAACUACAGUAUUGUCCGUAGACUUGCACCAUGUCGACAAUUUGUCACCUUCUGCUCUCAAUUCCACUCCAGAAGCCAUCUUCCAGCUCCGCCUCCAACGUGAUAGCGUUAGAGUUUCAACGUUGACGAAUAUGGUGGCACGUUCGGGAGGUGGCGGACACGCGCGGCCGAAGAAGGCGGGUGAUUUUAGCGGUUCUGUGACUUCCGGACUUGCACAGGGAAGUGGCGAGUACUUCACGCGUAUCGGAAUUGGAACUCCGGCGAGGUACUUUUAUAUGGUGUUGGAUACUGGGAGUGAUGUUGCUUGGAUCCAGUGCGCCCCUUGCAGGAAAUGCUACACCCAGACUGGUCGGAUAUUCAACCCGACCAAAUCCAAGUCAUUUGCCGGUGUAGCAUGUGGCUCACCUCUCUGCCGGCGUCUGGACUCAGCGGGCUGCAGCAGGGGUAAGAAAUGCCUGUAUCAAGUUUCCUACGGUGACGGUUCCUUCACAGUCGGUGAAUUCGCCACUGAAACGCUGACGUUUCGCCGGAGUCGGGUCAACAAUGUGGCUUUCGGUUGCGGCCAUGAUAAUGAGGGGUUAUUCAUUGGUGCCGCCGGUUUAUUAGGCCUCGGCCGUGGGAAACUGUCUUUUCCAAUUCUAACUGGCCGCCGGUUUGGAAGAAAAUUUUCUUACUGUUUAGUGGACCGAUCCGCUUCCUCCAUACCUUCAUCGAUUAUCUUCGGCCGAUCGUCGAUUCCGCGAAAUGCCGUUUUCACCCCUCUGUUAACUAAUCCGAAGCUCGACACGUUUUACUACGUGGGCUUAAAUGGAAUUUCAGUUGGAGGGGUCCGGGUUCCGGGUAUCACGGCGUCACAUUUUAAACUAGACCGGACCGGUAAUGGAGGGGUGAUAGUAGAUUCAGGCACCUCAGUGACUCGGCUGACUCAAUCCGCAUAUAUUGCAUUGCGAGACGCUUUCCGGGCAGGAGCUUCGAAUUUGAAACGCUCAACGGAUUUUUCUCUAUUCGACACUUGCUUCAAUCUUGCUGGAAAAUCGGAGGUGAAGGUGCCGAUGGUAGUUCUGCAUUUUACUAAUGCUGACGUGUCAUUGCCGGCGUCGAAUUAUUUAAUUCCUGUGGACACUAAUGGAAAGUUUUGCUUUGCAUUUGCUGGUACAAUGAGCGGAUUGUCCAUAAUUGGGAACAUUCAGCAGCAGGGUUUUCGGGUUGUGUUCGACCUGGAGAGUUCUCGGGUCGGGUUUGCUCCACGGGGGUGUGCUUAG